AUGAAGUUCGAUUUAUGUCAAACAAUAUUAAGUACAAAUGGCGUGGCUUAUAGGAAUAGGUUCCCUUAUGGAAAUAUUCAUUAUGGUCACCUUUCACAUUUUUGGUGGGAAUUUUCUAACCCACAAACCCAAUUUCCAAUUGGAAUAGAACUAGAAACUCAAGCAGCAAAAGAUUCGAAGGUGUAA